CAACUCGCACGCGUCUUGAGGAGCUUGCUGGCUGCUCACGCGUCUUCAGCACAGCACAGAGAGAAAGAGAGAGUAGAUAGCAUGGCGUCCAGGGAGGUCAGAGUCCAGAUGGCGGGGGUACUGGACGGCAAGCCGAGGUGUGCUCCGUCCCCGGAAACGCUUCUCGUUCGUGUCCCCUCGCGGGCCACCGGCGGCGCGGCCGUGGUUUCUCACGCUGACACGCCGUGCUCUGUCUCCUUCAGCGUGCCGGGCUCGCCGUCGGGUCUCCACCUCGCGCAGCUUGGCAUGCCGCCGUGCGUCCGCGGAAACGGCGCCGACGUGGGCGCUACUCGGGUGCCGCCGAGCGAGUCGAAGGUCGAGCUGGUUCACCACCCAGCCGUGCCGCAGCUGCUGAAGCAGGCCCGGCACCACUCGCAGCCGUCCUUGGUGGUCAGAGUCGGCGGCGAGGUGCCGACGGUGCUGCGGAGCGACAGCACGCGGGAGCGAGACCGGCGGUUUGACCACUUCAAGACGUUCUCUGGCCGCCUUGAGCGCCAGCUCUCCAGCCUCCGCGGGGUGCCACAGGAUAUCGACGUCGAACAAGGUGCAGCGUCAAAGAUCUCAGAGGAGGACACAGACGAGGACGAUGAAGUGCCCACUGCCGACCGCUACUUCGCCGCGCUCGAAGGCCCCGAGCUUGAGACCCUUCGUUCGACAGAGGUGGCGGUGCUUCCUAAGGACGAGACAUGGCCGUUCCUGCUCCGGUUCCCCAUCAGCGCCUUUGGGAUGUGCCUUGGCGUGAGCAGCCAGGCCAUGCUCUGGAAGACCCUGCAGACGGAGCCUUCCACCAAGUUUCUUCACGUGCACCCGGUCGUCAACCACGUCCUCUGGUGGGUCUCCGUCGCACUCAUGGGGGUCGUCUCAAUCACCUACCUCUUGAAGAUCGUCUUCUACUUCGAGGCCGUCCACCGUGAGUUCCAUCACCCGGUGCGCGUCAACUUCUUCUUCGCGCCAUGGAUCGCCUGCCUCUUCCUCGUCAAGGGUUUGCCACAUCCGGUGUGGGAGAUCCACCACGCCGUCUGGUAUGUGUUCAUGGCUCCCAUCUUGUGCCUCGACCUUAAAAUCUACGGACAAUGGAUGUCUAGCGGCGAGCGACGCCUCUCUAAGGUGGCUAACCCAUCCAACCACCUUGCCGUCGUCGGCAACUUCGUCGGUGCGCUGCUAGGCGCCAGGAUGGGACUCCGGGAGCUGCCCAUCUUCUUCUUUGCUGUCGGGUUGGCCCACUAUGUCGUGCUCUUCGUCACUCUCUAUCAGCGGCUCCCGACCAACGUGCAACUCCCCAAGGAGCUCCACCCAGUGUUCUUCCUUUUCGUUGCCGCACCUAGCGUUGCAUCCAUGGCGUGGACAAGGAUCUCUGGCGAGUUCAACAAUGGUGCUAAGCUCCUUUACUUUGUCUCACUAUUCCUCUAUGUGUCGCUGGUGGUACGCGUCAACCUCUUUCGGGGGUUUAGGUUCUCCCUGUCAUGGUGGGCAUACACAUUCCCGAUGACGAGUGUGGCCUUGGCGACAGUGUUGUAUGCAUCGGAGGUAGACAACAUGCUGACACGGGCACUGGCAGUCGGAUUGUCAGGAAUCGCUGUUGUCACAGUCACCAGCGUCCUAGCCACCACCAUGUACCAUGCCUUCGUGCGCAAGGACCUCUUCCCCAACGACGUAUCCAUCGCCAUCACACGGCGAAGGCCCAAGUUUAGCAAGAUCCUCGCGCACCUUCGGUCGUCGAGCUCUGAUGUCAAGGAGCUUGUUCUCUCCAUCCCAAAUUUCAGUUCCAAUUCCAAGCAGGGCGCAUACUCCGAUGAUGCCGGCUCCAACUCCAUGAUGAGCGGGAGUGUCGGCGAGUCUCCAGUGGCGCACGGGCAUCGAAGAACAGAGUGUUAGACGGUCGGUGCAAGACAUGGUGCAUGUACGCACGGCUUGCUUAUGUUGAUUAGUAGUACUUGUAUAGAGUUCUUUAUAUUUUUUUCUUCAUUCUUUUUCUUCUUUGCGGACUUGCAGCACAUAGUUGCAAAUUAGGACUGCACUGACGUAACAUUUUUCCACCUUCAAGUUCACCGUGGAUUUACCUUUUCCACACAAGCUACUAGUACUAAGUACGUACAAGAAAGGUGUAAAUGAUGUACGUCCACAGGUGUUAGUCGAUGUGCAUUCACAUAUCCUUGUGUAA